AUGGCGGCCGGGCAGGGCGCGGCGCCGGUCCCGCGGGCGGAGCUGAAGCUGGUGCGGCUGCUGAGCCGCUGCGAGGUGCUGGCGGCGGACCGGCGGGGCGCGGGCGAGUGGCGCCUGGGGAAGUAUGUGGCUGCUCUGGAAGAGAUGCUCUUAGAGCUGAAGAAGCACUCCAGCAAGCCAGCCCCUGAGGUGCUGAACGAAUAUUCUCGCAAGGUGGACUUCUUGAAAGGAAUGCUGGAAGCAGAGAAGCUGCCGUCUUCAUCGGAAAAGGCGCUUGCUAACCAGUUCCUGGCCCCCGGGCGGACCCCCACCACCACCAAGGAACGGAUCCCGGCCACGCAGACAGUGCACCUGCAGGCCCAGGCCCGCUACACCCGGGAAAUGAGGAGCGAGCUGCUGGAUUUGGAAGAGACAAACUUGAGGAAGCGCACGGGCCUCCUGCCAGAGGAGAGGCAGUCGGCCGCUGACCUGGACGCGGUCCUGCAACGCCACCACAGCAUGCAAGAGAAGCUGGCGGAGGAGAUGCUGCACCUGGCACGCAACCUCAAGAACAACACUCUGGUGGCUCAGAAUGUGAUCAAGCAAGACAAUCAGACGUUGUCUCAUUCGCUCAAGCUGGCCGAUCAGAACUUUGAGAAGCUGAAGGACGAAUCGGACCGCCUGGAGCAGCACGCCAAGAAAUCGGUCAACUGGCUCCUCUGGCUCGUGCUGAUCGUCGUCUGCUUCAUUUUCAUCAGCAUGAUCUUGUUCAUCCGGAUCUUCCCAAAGUUGAGGUGA